GCAACUAAACUGAGAAAUUUGAGUUACCGAAGUUGUACUUAUGCUUGUCCGUUAACACCGACGUCCAAACUAUAGAGGCUACUCUUCAACAAUGUCUGCAAGAAAGUCGGGACUUCAAAAGGAGGUCCUAGCACUCUAUAGACGUGCAUUGCGCAUGGUCCGUACUAAACCAGCCUUAACCCAGCCAAAAUUUCUCCUCUUCGUGCGCCACAACUUCCAUACACAAGCAUCUUCUGUAUCGCCUCGUGACGUCGCGGCUAUAGAGCACCUUCUCCGUCGUGGUAAAAGGCAGCUGGAAAUGUACGAACAGCCCUCUGUGAGAGACUGCCAGAUAUCACAAGCCAUGAGUGAUUGGGAGCAAAGCCGACACGGAUCACGGACAGCUUCUCAGUAG